AUGUGCUUUAAGCCAGAAAAAAUUUUGCAGCUCGGCCAAGAGUCCUCUAAAUCUUAUAAUAAUCAUUUUCCCGAGAUCUUAGAAGGAGCAACUUAUAGCUGUGGAAAAUUUCUAUCCCUUUUAGCAGAAGGGAAUUUUAAAGAUCUAGAAGACGUUGUUGAGUUAGUAAUGUUUGAAAUCUUGAAACGUCAAAUUAAACGCUACCAAGAUCUAGGAUACACAGUAUCCUCAAUUGGAAGCACAGAGAACGCCAAAGCAGAGAUUCUUGACUUUAAUACGAUUUUGGCUGUUUACUUCCUUACAAAAAUCUUUGCCUAG